AUGAUAUGCUUGAAAAGCUGCGCGAUUGGUUGGAGUCUCGUUCAUUUUUUGGGGCUUUUGAUUCAUGGUUGCUUGAUUAUCAAGUUUUUAAGCUUCAAAGACAACAACAGGAUGGACAAAUGCUCAGAGUCCCGUAAUCUCCUUGAAAUCCGCUUAUCCGACAUGCAAAAUGAAAAUUUCUUCGCCCUCAACUUCCACACCAAAUUAUGCAACGAGCUCUCUCAAAUCCUUCCAACUUGGUCUGAAUCUGGCAAUUUUUCUUCAACAAGUCUUCAAAUCAUGGGCGAUUUCAGGGCGGAAAACUGCACCCAAAAAAGCCUUGAAAAUAUAACUGAUGUGUUGAAAGAUAACGGCGCAUUAGUGGCCAGCGAGUUUUCGAAAAUGUAUAAUUACGCCCUUUCCAACAUCGAACUAAACAAACAGAGCUUCGAGCAACAAGAACUCAGGCUAACUGGAGAGGACUUGGCUGAACUCGUUUUUCGCCAAUCCCGCGCAGUUUUCAUCGAAUUAGAGAAUGCGAAAAUUAAUUGCAGAUUCGAUUGGACUCCCAUGCUCGUCUUUCUUCACAUUCUUGGGAUGAAGAAACUGCCCGAAGAAAUCAUCUCUUCGACGACUUUUGAUUUCGUUUCAUUUUGCUUCAGAAUGCUUAAUUAUUUUACGCUGUUCAAUUUCACGCUCUCGAUGGCGAAAAUCUAUGAAUAUUUCAGACAGAAAAUAACGACAAAGUUCAAAAUGAGCCGACGAUCUUUUGACCUUCUGUUCUUUAUCGUUAUUUUGUCUGUUUGUGUGCUUCUACCAGCGUUGAUUCAAGUCUCAAGAAGAAGCCUAGGAUUCCUACCUGCGUUAAUGAGCUUGUUUGACUUUCCAGGCGAUUCUGUGAAUCCGAAACUCGAAGAUCAAGCCGCUCUUUCUUGCCUCGGAGAAAUUCUCCACCCGAUUCAUGAUGAUUACACGCUGGAAGCAAUAUAUGAAAAUUGCUUUGACGACUCUAAUCAAUCCAGCGAAAUAAGCUUCUUCGAUGUUUUCGUUAAAUUUCUUCUUCAAAUCUACGUAGUCAACCUCGGAGCUUUCAUAAUUUCCAGGAAGAAAAAUGAUGGGGAUGAUAAGAAGGGAUUCUCGAGGGAUAAUUCGCAAGUUAAUAGCGAAUUUACCCGGCGAUCAUCUCUUAACGAUUUCUCACGUGGAACAAGUCUGAUCUAG